UUUACUGAGCACCUACUACAUGCCAGGCACUGUUGGCUCAGCUCUCUAGCUGGGUGAUCUUAGCAAGUCCCUUACCCUGAGUUUGUUUCCUCACUGGUAAACUGAGCUUUGGUGGGUGCAUCACAGGGCCCAGAGCAGGGCCUGCUCUGGGAAUGUGGUGGGGGGCAAGGGGUGUGGUCCUCAAUCCAAAUUGGUAAGAGCUAGAACCUUCUAGGGCAGGACCCCAGAUCCCACCCCACAUCCUGAGCCCUGGCCCACUGGUCGCUAGGCAACCCUGAUGGUGAGUGACGCGUGUCAGCUGUCACCGUGGGGGAUUGUUUGUUCCAGGGGGCUGAGUCAGCACCAGGCAGCCUGAGGGGUGGGAGGCGAGACACCCGCCUCCUGCUGGUGGCGCCUGCUCUGGGGCAGACAGACAGCACCCUUCCAUUCCCUGCUGGACCCUGUUGCUGUGCCUAGCAGGCAGGUGGCUGCCCAGAGUCAGCAGGGAGUUGGGGGUGCUGCUCCAGAUGGCCCCAGCUCCCUCCAGGAAGCCCAUGUUCUCUCCCUCCCAGCUGUCUGUGUCUGGGCUGCCUGGGUGUGGUGGGCCUGCUGCCUCAUCCCAGGGCUGCCGCUGAGGGGAGGGGACCCUCUGCCAGCCCUCCUCCCAUGCCAGCUCCCCGAGACCUGUCAGUCACCCCCUCAAACACCUUCUCCCCCACACUCCCCUCCCCAUGGAGGACACUGCCCCACAGGUGCUCCAACACCCAAAGGUACCUUGGGCCCCUGCCUCCCCUCCACUGCUAUUCAAGCCCACCGGAGUCCGGCCACACCUGCACAUCCCCACCGCCACUGUCCUCACUCAGGUCUCUGUCGACGCCAAGCACCCCGACAGUCCCCUCACUGGUCUGAAUUAGAAUCCUGGCUUGCCACUGACUAGCCGUGUGCCCUCGCACCACUCACGUAACCUCUCUGUCUCAAUUUCCUCAUUUGCAAAAUGGAAAUGGUCACACCAGCACCUGCAUCAUGAGGUUGUUGCCAUCAUUAAACGAGCUCGAGAAUAUAGAGCCUGCUGACGGAGCGGAAGCAUCGUGGACGUCUUGGCUGGAACAGUUAGCCAGUCUGUACUUCCUGCCCCGUCAGUUCUAGAGCAUCAACCGGACCACCCCCCUCUGUUGCUUCCCGCCCCUCCUUGGUUCUCCCUUCUUUUUUAGGUUUAAGUCCAAACUCUAGCCACUGGCCCCAUCUCACAGGGCACCCCUGUCUGGCUCUGUUGGCCCCUCAGCCCACCCCACACCAUCUUCCUUCCCACUCACCUCACGCUUUCACUGUAGCCCCAUGGAAUCUGCAGCUUCCUGGACAUCCUUUCAGCCCUCUGCCCUUGGACCUGCUGUUCCUGCUUCUCAGUCCCCCAGUUUGCUCAGCAAACACCUAUUCGGAGCCAGAAUCCCACAUCACCUGCACACUGGGUCAGGCACCCACGUCAGGUUCUCCCUGUGCCCUGCCACUCUGAACGCCGUGGAAUGUAGUCACAGUUCUCCCAAGUCUGGGGUUUCACAUGGCAGGGGCCGUGUCCAGGCCGUUUGGGGUCCCGGUGCUCAGCACAGGGCUUGGCGAAGAAGACACCAUCUCUUGGGGUGUUUUGGACGGAGCAUGAUGGACAUUGCCUGCUGGGUAUCACUAGUGCCAGGCUGUUGUGUAACCUUGGGCCAGGCCCCGCGCCUCCCUGGGCCUCAGUUUCCCCAUCUUUGCAGCAAGCUCCAUCUGGUCUGGUCUCCGUGUGUUAAUUACUCUACCGCAGAAGGGCAGGCGCGGGGUGUAAGCCGCUGCCCCAGCCCUGACAGGCACACGCCCCUCCCCCAGAUCAUAGCCUUUGACGAGCUGCGGACUGACUUCAAGAACCCCAUCGACCAGGGGAACCCAGCGCGGGCACGCGAGCGUUUAAAAAACAUCGAACGCAUCUGCUGCCUCCUGAGGAAGCUGGUGGUCCCUGAAUAUUCCAUCCACGGCCUCUUCUGUCUGAUGUUUUUGUGUGCAGCAGAGUGGGUGACCCUGGGCCUCAAUAUCCCCCUCCUCUUCUACCACCUCUGGAGGUACUUCCACCGCCCUGCGGACGGCUCCGAGGUCAUGUAUGACGCGGUCUCCAUCAUGAACGCCGACAUCCUCAACUACUGCCAGAAGGAGUCCUGGUGCAAACUCGCCUUCUACCUGCUCUCCUUCUUCUAUUACCUGUACAGUAUGGUUUAUACGCUGGUGAGUUUCUAAGGGGGAAGCCGGCCAGGCCAGGGAGCGAGCCCAGAACGGACCGGACGCCUGUGCACCCCCAGCCCUGCCCCUCGGCCGCAGAGGCCUCAGCCCUGGGGAGGGAGGGGGCACUGGUGCCCCCAGCCUCCUCUCCACCCCCCCCAAACUGCUGCUGCGGGGAUCUCCCCGCCUUCAGAGCCCCCUCCCCUUGGACUAGGGUUGGGCAGAGCUCUAAACAGGGGCUGGAGCUCCUCUGCCAGCCUGUUGGCAUGGCAGUCUGUCCUGGAAGGGGUGGACCUUCUGGCCUCAUCCAUUUCGGGGGGACCCUGGGCCCUGCCGAGGGGCAGGGCUUGACCCUGGAAGUUCCAGGCCAGCCCCCUCAACCCCCACCCUGAGGCUCCCCCUGCAGGUGGGGGGGUACCCGCACCCAGAAUGAGCAGGCUCAGCAGGGGGGCAGCCCCACUCCUAGUCUGCCCUCUCCCCUCCCCAGGCUCUCCUUUCAGACUCCUUCCUGUUCCCACUUGCCCCAACCCAGCCUACCCUGUCUCUUGGACCUAUUUUCUAUGUUGCCUGGAGGAGUCCGCACCCCCUCCCUGGCCAUUUGUGACAAAAUAUGAAUAAACUACU